UUCUCUGGCGCGAGACAGACUCGGCUCUUAUUAUACCACCGCAGGAGGCUGCGGCAACACAGAUCGCGUUCUUUUUUCUCACCGGAUAAACAGACAGAGAGAAUAAUAACGGACGACUAGCUGUUAUAAUCACCGUCCGCUCUCCUUCAAUACCGAAAACACUACUGGGACCAAAGACAGUCUCCGUUCAGUCUUUUCUGUCCCCUGUCUGUCUGUCUCUCCCUCAUUCCCUUCCUCUCUGUCUCAUCCUCUCUUUCCCUCCUCCUUCCCUUCUCUCUCUGCGAUGCGGGGCUGUGGGUGAGACUGUGGGUGAGGGUCCGUUUCCAGUCUGAAGCUGGGGAAGCUAAAGGUGGUGCGGCGGCAGCUGCUGCAGAGGUAUGAGCACCAGCCAUUUGUGUCGUGUCUGGCUGGUCUGUACGGCUGUCAAUGGAGACGCUACCAGAGGGCCAAGUCUCAGCCUGGGGAGUGCUGCUGCAGCAGGGUGGAGUGUGGGAGCGUGGUCCUCCUGGUCCUGACCUUCCUCCUCUCCUCUCUGUUCCUCUACUUCUGGAGCCAGGCUCACAACGAUUACAAUGACUUUGAUUGGUUUAACUUUGAGACUCUGGGAUUCUGGUUCCCCUGGUCUCUGGUGCUGCUGGUUGUUGCUGCUGCUCUGUUCACCUACAUCGCUCUGCUGCUGGUACUGGCAGUGUGUUUACUGUCUGAGGGACAGAGGCUGUACCUUCACUGGAGUCACAAGAUGGGGAUCGUAGUGACCCUGGCGUUCUCUGUCAGUGCCACGGCCGUUCUGUCUGAGGUCUGGAGUAAAGAAUGGAAGACCCUCCUCCUCUCACUGCAGGUCACAGCCCCCUUUCUUCACGUAGGUGGGGUUUUAUUGAUGACUCUCCUGUCCUGGCCAAUAGCGCCGCACCUUUUUCGCAUGAACAAGAGAGUGCAUCAGGUGUGUCUUUUGGGUGUGUACCUCAGUGUAUUGUUCAGUCUGUCCCUGGUUCCUCUGGCCAUGUAUUCUCCCUGCAUCAGAGAAGCUGGAACCCUGGGACCCAAACCAACACUCCUCGGACACAGAGGAGCUCCCAUGCUUGCUCCAGAGAACACUCUAAUGUCCUUUGAGAGCGCAGUGGAGGCUGGAGUGGACGGGCUAGAGACUGACGUCACUAUAAGUGCUGAUGGCGUUCCGUUUGUGAUGCAUGACCUGACCCUGCAGAGGACCACUAACGUAGAGGAGGUGUUUCCUAACAGAACACACACACCUGCUGCCCUGUUCAUCUGGUCUGAUGUACAGCUGCUCAAUGCUGGGGCCUGGUUCCUCUCUCGGGAUCCGUUUGGCACGGUGUCCUCUCUGUCUCCAGAGCAGAGAGCACUAGCUGCCAAUCAGAUGGUUCCCUCCCUGGCUGAAGUUCUGGACAUAGCGAAUCGGGUGGGCAGGACAGUGCUGUUUGACCUGAGACAACCUCCGCCUGGACACCCUUACAGAGACAACUACCUCAACAUCACCCUCGACCUCAUACACACACACAUCAACUCCAGCCAGGUGCUGUGGCUGCCAUCAGAUCAGAGAGAGGAGAUACAGCAGGUGGAUCCAGAGCUGCAACAGACAGCAGGACAGACUGCCUCUAUACAGGAACUACAGAACAACCACAUCACUACCCUCAACCUGCACUACAGCACCAUGUCUCUACAGCACAUCAGUAAGUACAGGUCGGUGAACAUCAGUGUGAACCUGUAUGUAGUGAACCAGCCGUGGCUUUACUCUCUGGCCUGGUGCAGUGGAGCAUCCUCUGUUACCACCAACAACAUGCUACUGAGAGAUAUACACACACCGCUGCUGCUUGUGACUCCAGAGCAGUACAGUGUGAUGUGGGUUCUGACUGACCUGGUCUCUGCUGCUCUCAUCGUCUGUGUCUUCAUAUUCCACUGGUGGCGUGAGCGAGGCCUACACUUCUGGUCAGGCAGUAGACAGACACACGAGACCGGGCCUUAUAGCAAGUUCAGGACCGAGCUCAGUGACGUCUGGUCCAUCUCCAGUGGGAAUGUCCGAACAGAACUACGGACCCCCAGUACCCUCCACACCAUCACAGAGGAGUAACACACACACAGUCACACACAAGUGUGAACGCACAAGAAUAAGCAAAGGGAAACAGAGAGGAAAACAAGAGAUGGAACUGAAUGUGUAAAAAGAGGAAGAGGGUGAUGUAAUAUGAAAGAUAAACCAGUAUUUUGAUAAUCCUGACUAAGACUGUUGUUCCUGUGUCCUCACCUGACCAGCUCAUUCACUCUCCCUCUGGUGACCACUGGAACUGCAGAACUGAAUUGCUCAAAUAUGAAAUAUACACUGAACAAAAAUAUAAACGCAAAAUGUGAAGUGUUGGUCCCAUGUUUCAUGAGCUGA